AUGUACCCGUAUUAUGAGACCGACUGGAGCAUUCUACCGCCGGAGCACAAUCGAAGGUAUAGUCCAGGACUGACCAUCAACAACAUUAAACAGGUGAUCAACGAAACAAUCGAAACAAAUAUAUUACGAAAACCGGCACCGACCCGCUUGCGGGAGCUCAUACGACAGAUCCGAGCCUGCCGAACAGCGGCCGAGGAACGUGCGGUAGUCAACACAGAAUGUGCCUACAUCCGGAGUACCUUCCGCGAGACGGACUGUAUCUGGAAAUGUCGCAAUAUGGCAAAGCUGCUGUACAUCCACAUGCUCGGCUAUCCGGCCCACUUCGGGCAGGUGGAAUGUCUCAAACUGGCCGCAAGCUCAAAGUACACCGACAAACGGAUAGGGUACCUGGGCGCGAUGCUCUUGCUGGAUGAGCGUACCGAUGUGCACGUGCUGCUUACGAACUGCCUUAAAAACGAUCUCAACAGCCCCACACAGUUUGUCGUAGGCACUGCGCUGUGCACACUAGCCGCCAUCGCAUCGCCCGAGAUGGCCCGGGACCUGUGCAACGAUGUCGAGCGUCUGAUCGUGUCUACCAAUGCGUUCCUGCGCAAAAAAGCGAUCCUAUGUGCCUUCCGGUUUGUGCGCCGCGUGCCAGAGCUAAUGGAGGAUUAUCUGCCAAAGUGUGAAGUGUUUCUGGCGGACAAAAACCACGGCAUUCUGAUCGCCACCAUCACGCUGAUCACGGAGAUGUGCGAGCAGAGUGUGGCCGUGUUGCGGUACUUUAAAUCGAUCAUUCCCACACUCGUUCGCAUGCUGAAAUCGCUCACCGUGACGGGUUAUUCACCGGAGCAUCUUGUCAGUGGUGUAAGCGAUCCAUUCCUGCAGGUUAAGAUACUGCGUUUAUUGCGUGUACUCGGUCAUGGUGAUCCAACACAGUCGGAAAUUAUGAACGACGUACUAGCGCAGGUUUCCACCAGUACGGAAACGAGUAAAAAUGCCGGCAAUGCGAUCCUGUACGAAACGGUCCUCACAAUCAUGAACGUCGAAUCGGAGAACAGUUUGCGGGUGUUAGCAGUCAACAUUCUCGGCCGCUUUCUACUAAACAACGAUAAAAACAUUCGCUUUAUCGGGUUGCUAACGCUCGUCAAGACUGUGCAUAAGGACAUGACGGCGGUACAGCGCCAUCGCAUAACGAUCCUCGAGUGCCUUUCGGACGGUGAUCCAUCGAUACAGCGAUGUGCUAUGGAACUGUCCUUCACCCUUAUCAACACACAGAACAUCGAGAUGGUCGUGCGGGAGUUACUGCGCUAUCUCGAAUCGACCGACGCCGAAAUGAAGGCGCUCUGUAGCAGUAAGAUCGUACUCGCGGCCGAAACGUAUUCGCCUUCGAUCCGUUGGCAUCUGGAUGUAUUACUGAAAAUUCUUACAAUUGCCGGUAACAAUAUCCGGGACGACGUGAUCUCGUCCACCAUACAGCUCAUCUCGAACAGUCCGCAGCACGAGCAGCGUUUCAUUACCAAUAAGAUGUGGGAAGCUAUCAUGAACAUGAACCAGCUCGAGAACAGGCAACCAUUGGUGCAGGUGGCCGUGUGGGCGAUCGGUGAAUAUGGGGAAGCUGGAGGAUUCGAUGAGUUCGAACUAAUUGAACACUAUCGGCAACUGUUGUGGGCACCGCAACUAUCAAUCACCACCAAGCAGUACAUUCUGGUAUCGUUAGCUAAAAUCAGCGUUCGAAUAGAUGGCUGUACACCGGACAUUCAAAACAUCAUCAACUCGUUCCGAGUGCACAUGAAUAUCGAUCUGCAGCAGCGAGCAAACGAAUUUUCGCAACUGUUCACCAAUUACAAACACCUUCGGAAAUCAUUGCUCGAGAAGAUGCCAAAGUUGAAACUAUCAGAACUGACCACCUCAGAAUACAAUGCUGACUUUGCGUCUCCAGAUUCAUCCGAAAUAGAACAACAGCAGGAUGAACCGGUCGCUGUGCAGGAACCAUCGAACCAAGACAUCUUGCUGGAUUUGUUGGGUGAUUGUUUCAGCAGUGAUGGAAACGGUAAUAAUGCACUUGCCGUUGUGCCCGUCUCGCAGUCGAUGCCCUCAACACAGCCUCAUUUGCAAACGACGAGCUUUAAUCAAAGCGCACUAUCAUCGUAUAAUAAUAAUGGUCCAAUGGCGACUGGUACUACCGACAGCAUAAUGGAUCUACUUGGUCUAGCAGCACCAAACCAUACAAAUCAGACAAUCGAUCAGACCACGAUACCUGCGAUCGACGUUUACAACAAGGACGACGUCUACAUCCGAUUCUUUAUCCAUCCUUAUCCCACCGUGGGCGAACAGCCACCAUCAUCCGCCGGAGCUCGUAUCACCGUGCAAACAACCAAUGGAUCGCAAGCUACGAUCGAAAAGUUCCUCUUUCAGGCAGCCGUACCGAAAUCGUUUGUACUGACGCUACGUGAACCGUCCGGUACGGUAAUGCCGCCGGGGGGAACGAUUAUGCAGGAUCUGCUGAUCGCGCGUCAAACAAAUCCCACCCAGGGUAGCACCGGGUUGCGCAUGAAGGUUCGCUUUUCAUACGAAAUCGAAAACUACUCCAUGAUGGAACAGAUUGAUGUGAACGAGUUUCCGAGCGGUUUUCUGCGCUAG